UCUGAGAGGAAAAGGCUAUUCAAGGGACCAGAAAAAGGAACAUGAAAGAUUUGGACAUGGAGAUGAAGACGGACUCAUGAAACGGAGGACUGGAGAACACGGACACAUCGAGCAGAACAAGAGUUCACCGUAAACUAAUCUGUAGCCUGCUAUUUUUAUUUGUAUUCUGAUCGUCAUGGAUUUAAUAGAAAUUAGUCUUAUUGUAGGCUAUCACUUUUAAACCAUUCAAAUUCACACGCGAACUGUGAUUCUCGACGAAAUGGAGUUGGGUUGCCUUUCUAAAGUGUAUAUAAAGUCACCAGAAUCGAGAUCUAAUGCGAUAUGACGGUCUGAUCGACUGAAGGACUCUUCUGGAAGACCUGCCGCGCGUGAAGAGUUUCGUCGGGUUUAGAGAUUUACAGUCGCUCCGUCGUUUCAUGUAUUUUAAUUCACAAUAAAGAGCAGGACUAUCGGGGAGGUUAGUAACAUAGUAGGCUAUUCACUGCAAAAUAAACGGAAAAUAACUAGGAAAACAGUUCAUAAGGCGUAGAAGGUGACGGACUGACCAUGAUUAUAGUGUCCGGUUCUGUCCGAGACUAACGACUGCAGCGUCCGUCUUCUGCAUGAGUCCGACAUGAAGGAAAAGUCCAAGAAUGCUGCGAAGACACGAAGAGAAAAAGAAAAUGGAGAAUUUUAUGAACUGGCCAAACUGUUGCCACUGCCCUCGGCCAUCACAUCUCAGCUGGACAAAGCGUCCAUCAUCAGACUGACCACAAGCUACCUGAAGAUGAGAGCCGUGUUUCCAGACGGGCUCGGAGAGGCCUGGGGUCAGUCAUCACGGGUCAGUCCUCUGGACCUCCUGGCCAAAGAUCUUGGAUCUCACCUGCUGCAGACGCUGGACGGGUUUGUGUUUGUCGUCGCAGCUGACGGUAAAAUUAUGUACAUUUCGGAAACAGCUUCUGUACAUCUGGGUUUGUCACAGGUGGAACUGACCGGUAACAGCAUCUUUGAGUACAUUCAUCCAUCAGACCACGACGAGAUGAGCACCGUGCUGAGCGCACACCAGCCGCUGCAGCCACACUUCCUGCAGGAGCUGGAGCGCUCGUUCUUCCUGCGGAUGAAGUGUGUUCUGGCGAAGCGGAACGCAGGACUCACGAGCGGCGGUUAUAAGGUGAUCCACUGCAGCGGUUACCUGAAGUUCCGUCAGGUGGUGAUGGAUGUGUCUCUGUACGAGUCGUGCUAUCAGAUCGUGGGGCUGGUGGCGGUCGGUCAGUCUCUUCCUCCCAGCGGCGUCACCGAGAUCAAACUCCACAGCAACAUGUUCAUGUUCCGCGCCAGUCUGGACCUCAAACUCAUCUUUCUGGACAGCAGGGUGGCUGAGUUAACGGGUUACGAGCCGCAGGAUCUGAUUGAGAAGACUCUGUACCAUCACGUCCACGUCUGUGACGUCUUCCAGCUGCGAUACGCACAUCAUUCACUGCUGGUGAAGGGGCAGGUCACCACCAAAUAUUACCGGAUGCUUUCCAAACACGGCGGCUGGGUUUGGGUGCAGAGCUGUGCCACCAUCGUUCACAACAGUCGCUCUUCUCGGCCGCACUGCAUCGUCAGCGUCAACUAUGUCCUCACGGAUGUGGAAUAUAAAGAGAUGCAGUUCUCUCAGGACCAGAUCAGAUCCAGACCGUCUCUCUCCUAUAAUUCCUCGAGCCUUGCAGCUCCUCAAGACUCACGAAAACAGCUGAAAGCCAAAGCAGCCAAAAUCAAAAGCAAAGCCAAAGCAUCUCCAUAUCAUCAGACCUCGCGGCAUGCUGAUAAACCAGAGAGUCCCUCGUGGAAGUCAGGUCCCUGCCUGUCGUCCUGUCGGGAGCAGAGCCCCGGGUCUGAGUCCUACACACACACACAGACCACCGCUCACACCCUGUCCUCGCUGCCGUCACGCACAGAAGCUCCCUGGAGCUGCGCUGGAGCAAAUAAAGCUGCGGCACACCUGCAGACACCUGCAUCCUGCAGCGCAUACUCAGGGUUGGUCAGACCCGGCGGGGCGUUUAAAGAAGAGCCCUGUCAGAACCACAGCAGCAGAGGGCGAGAGGACGAGCGGGUCAGACAGCAUCAGGAUCUCCAGAGCUUCGGCCAGCAGCACACACAGAGACUCCGGCUGUGUGCGACUAACACAGUGUACGAGGACAGGAACGCCAGACUCUCGGAGCAGAACCACACGCAGGAGAAGAGGCUGCUGGGGGCACAGAGCCCAUACGUCUCUCUCAACCUCCACCACGUCUGGGCCAAACACGUCCCACCAGGACCCUACGCUCACAGCCAUUUAACGGACGGUUACCGGAGUGAGGCGGUGAACCCGUACCUGUACCGGACCCAGAGCCAGAGCCAGAGCCAUCGUGUUCCUCAUUACAUCAGCACGUCUGUCAUCAUCAGCAAUGAGAGGUGA